AUGGCGAACGACUCGUGCCCAAACUGCUGCGCCGUCCUCUCCCUAAUGGGCAUUGUUCUUCUUCUUCUGUUUGGCGGCAUGUUCCGUGCGCGUGCGGUUUCAUUUCAUAUUACGAGCGUAGAAAAUGGCUGGGAUAUCGACGAGAAGGCUCGUGCGUGUUUUAACGGGGCCAUCUUUUACGGAAUCACCCUUUUCAUUUCAGUUGUGGCACGCAUUUAUACCCGGCGUAGCCAGGCUGCAAAGCAGGCGCUUUUAGAGGCAGAGCGACUACGUGAGAGUAUCGAGCUGCGUGUUAAAUAA